CUCCUCCCUGUCGAUCUCUUUUCUUCUCUUUUCACAUCUUUAGAGCCAUCCCUCUAGCUCUAUUUAAACUACCGUUGGAUCACUGCUAUGGUCAUCAGUCAUCAGAGAAAGCAUCUGAUCAUACAUAAUAGUAGCCUUUUAGGAAAUUUCAGGGAUUUUCGCUAGACUUAUGGGGUUUGCAAGAGCUCUUGUUGAAACUUCAACUGAGCAAGAAAGCAAACUUUUUGUUGGAGGAGCUUCUAACUCCAUUAACUCUUCUCCUUUCAUGGCUUCUUCCAACAAAACCAACAACCACACUACUCAAAUAGUGCUUGACCAACAACAACAUCAAUCACCAGUGCCAUCACAGAUUCAUCCAAGUCAUCAUCAGCACCUUCAUCAAGACCAUCAUGCUCAUCAUCAUCAGCAUCAGCAUCAGCAUCAUCAGCAGAAUAUUAAUCAGAUUUCUUUUGGCAUGAUGCAAUCAUCUUCAUCAGCCAUUCCUGGCAACUUCAUAAGCAAGGAUACUGGAGCUUAUGAUUUGGGCGAAUUAGAUCAAGCCCUUUUUCUUUACCUGGAUGGCCAAGAACCCUCGGCAAUUCAAGAGCAAAGACAGAACUCCGGGAUGAGGCCUCCAACUCUAAACAUUUUCCCUUCUCAGCCCAUGCAUGUAGACCCCUCAUCAGCAAAGGCAAGUACCGGAUUAGUUUCCAAUUCUCCAUCUAGCAGCGGUUCCAAGAGAUCAUCUGAGCCGUCCAUGGAGUUAUCAAACCCCAGAAAUGAUGUUGCUUCUGCACCUGAACCAGCAAAAGCUGUAAAGCGUGAGGGAAACCGCAGAGGUCCAACUUCAAGUUCAGAGCAAGAAGGACCAAAGACACCAGAUCCUAAGACACUGAGGAGGCUUGCUCAGAAUAGGGAGGCAGCCAGGAAAAGCAGACUUAGGAAAAAGGCUUAUGUUCAGCAGCUAGAGUCAAGCAGGAUCAAACUUACUCAAUUAGAACAGGAAAUACAAAGAGCUAGAUCUCAAGGAAUUUACUUUGGUGGAGCUUCUGCCCUUCUAGGUGGUGACCAAUCCAUGCCUGCUCCUAUGGGCAACAUAAGUUCAGUUGCAGAUGCUACCGUCUUCGACAUGGAGUAUUCACGAUGGCUGGAGGAGCAUCACCGCCUAAUGUGCGAACUUCGAAAUGCAGUGCAGGAGCACUUACCUGAAAACGAGCUCAGGCUUUUCGUCGACAACUGUUUGGCUCACUAUGACGAGGUGAUGAAUCUCAAAAGCAUGAUCGCCAAAUCUGACGUUUUUCAUCUUGUUUCCGGCAUGUGGAAGACUCCUGCCGAGAGAUGCUUCAUGUGGAUGGGAGGUUUUCGCCCAUCGGAGCUCAUCAAGAUAAUAAUGAGCCAAAUUGAGCCAUUAACAGAACAGCAACUCCUGGCAAUAUGUGGAUUACAGCAGUCAACACAGGAAGCUGAAGAAGCCCUCUCUCAAGGACUUGAAGCUCUUAAUCAGUCCCUCUCAGACACCAUUGCUUCUGAUGCCCUGAGCUGCCCUUCGAACAUGGCUAACUACAUGGGCCAAAUGGCUCUAGCCAUGAACAAACUCUCCACCCUUGAAGGUUUUGUUAGACAGCGUUGUUCAGACCAGCUGCAAGAUCCCAGUCCCUGUCUAAACUGCUACAGUAAGCAAAUGGGGAGAAAAAGAGAGGAUUGGUUACACUUUCAAGUGAUUUUUGAAUGUAGCACCAGAUCAACUCUGCACUGGUCAAAACAAUGGAAGUAAAUAAAUUCCACAUGUCCCAAUUUCAACCGGUGUGUUCUGGACCAAUCAAGAAAUUCAAAAGGCGGGGUGGCCGGAAAGAUUAUGAGGGUCUCUAAAGAUUUUCUAUACUCAUGUCAAAUGUUAAGACUUCUGCCCAGUUAAGAUUACUCCAUUACCAACCCAAGAUGCAGAUGGAAGAUGCCUUCUCUUUUAUAUUUUUCAUCCUCCAAAAGUCAACAUACAUGCAUGAGUACAUUUUGUAACUUGUUGUUGCUGUUACUUAAUUUCUAUGUAGUUUUGUUUUGACAAAAGACAGAAGGAAAAAAAAAAAGAAAAAGAAGUCGGCUCUAAUAUUCAAGGUGUCAUUCAUUUUCAGGCUGAUAAUCUGAGGCACCAAACAAUUCAUCGCCUGCAUCAGAUCCUGACAACCCGUCAAGCUGCAAGGUGUUUUCUGGCUAUAGCCGAGUAU